AGUUCACCACACUCCACUAUUUUCCCUCUCUCUCUCUCUCUCUCUCUCUCUCUCUCUCUAUCUAACUAUCUGAAGCACACCCCUCACCCCACAACAAAAAAAAAAAAAGAAAAAUCAGAAAAAGGAAUCAGGGGGGAUUAAAUUAAAUUCCCAUACUAAUGUGGUUCUGCAUCUGAGGAAAAGUUCAGUGCUCUGAACAUAUUUUAUCAGCUCUUGUUGCAGCACAAAAGGUAUGAAUGGAGGAGUGGAAAUAUAUAUAAAUCUCUCAUUUAAUUGAGGCAAUAGAUUUGAGAUUAAUUUUCUGGGAGGAGAUAUUGAGUUACACCUGCAAUGCCAGUUCCUCUAGCCCCUUAUCCAUUUACACCACCAAAUGGUGCGCAAAACCAACUUGUGUGUUCAGGCUGUCGAAAUCUCCUUCUCUAUCCGAUAGGCGCGACGUCAGUAUGCUGCGCCGUAUGCAGCGCAGUGACUGCUGUACCCCCUCCUGGAACAGAAAUGGCCCAAUUAGUUUGCGGAGGAUGCCACACUCUUCUAAUGUACAUACGCGGAGCGACCAGCGUACAAUGUUCUUGUUGCCACACCGUCAACCUGGCUCUCGAAGCUAAUCAGGUGGCGCACGUCAACUGCGGGAACUGCCACAUGCUGCUGAUGUACCAAUACGGAGCAAGAUCUGUGAAAUGCGCGGUGUGCAAUUUUGUGACAUCUGUUGGGGCCUCGCCAAGCGCCGAACAAAAGCUCAGUACCUAAAGUUUCGCUCGAUCGUUGACGCUGUUAUCUGCGGCUAAUAAAAGUACCUCGAUACAUUCACUUGUAUAGAGCUUUCUUUUUCCUUUAGGGUUUUCGCUUCUCGGCUCCCUGAAUAAAAGCACUUUUUUCGCAUAUUCGUUCAUGAGAGUAAGAUCGUCGAAAUGCUUUCGCUGUACAAGUCGGACUACUGAGAUAUAUUGCAUGUUAGUUCGUGCCGUUUAUUCGAAAUUAUUGUAUGGUAUAUAUAUAUAUCCGUCGAGUUCAGUACUUGUAUCUUUGUAAAGAGGUUUCUAAGUGUUCAAUCAUCAGUUUUGGCUUAUAUUCCCCUGCUUGUGUGUAGAAUUGUGCAAGAUACUAUUGUAGAGUUAGUAUUCGCAUGCGUGCCCCUGAAUGCGUUACUUAAUCUGUAGUGAGCCCCGCUGAGGCCCGGGCGAAAAUGUAAAAAUAAACACGGUAUCUUUGCAAUGCUAUUUGUGUAAUCCACACAAUUAUGUUUAUAAUUAAUAA